AUGUCUUCUCUGUUGUCUCCGCUGGUGUCUCCUCUGUUGUCUCCUCUGUUGUCUCUGCUGGUGUCUCCGCUGGUGUCUCCUCUGUUGUCUUUGCUGGUGUCUCCGCUGGUGUCUCCUCUGGUGUCGUUGCUGGUGUCUCCGCUGGUGUCUCCGCUGGUGUCUCCUCUGGUGUCUCCGCUGGUGUCUCCUCUGGUGUCUCUUCUGGUGUCUCCUCUGGUGUCUCCUCUGGUGUCUCCGCUGGUGUCUCCUCUGGUGUCUCCGCUGGUGUCUCAGCUGGUGUCUCCUCUGGUGUCUUCGCUGGUGUCUCCGCUGGUGUCUCCUCUGGUGUCUCCGCUGGUGUCUCCGCUGGUGUCUCCUCUGGUGUCUCCUCUGGUGUCUCCUCUGGUGUCUCCGCUGGUGUCUCCUCUGGUGUCUCCUCUGGUGUCUCCGCUGGUGUCUCCGCUGGUGUCUCCUCUGGUGUCUCCGCUGGUGUCUCAGCUGGUGUCUCCUCUAGUGUCUUCGCUGGUGUCUCCGCUGGUGUCUCCUCUGGUGUCUCCGCUGGUGUCUCCGCUGGUGUCUCCUCUGGUGUCUCCUCUGGUGUCUCCUCUGGUGUCUCCGCUGGUGUCUCCUCUGGUGUCUCCGCUGGUGUCUCCGCUGGUGUCUCCUCUGGUGUCUCCUCUGGUGUCUCCUCUGGUGUCUCCUCUGGUGUCUCCGCUGGUGUCUCCGCUGGUGUCUCCUCUGGUGUCUCCGCUGGUGUCUCCUCUGGUGUCUCCUCUGGUGUCUCCGCUGGUGUCUCCUCUGGUGUCUCCGCUGGUGUCUCCGCUGGUGUCUCCUCUGGUGUCUCCGCUGGUGUCUCCUCUGGUGUCUCCGCUGGUGUCUCCUCUGGUGUCUCCUCUGGUGUCUCCGCUGGUGUCUCCUCUGGUGUCUCCUCUGGUGUCUCCGCUGGUGUCUCCUCUGGUGUCUCCUCUGGUGUCUCCGCUGGUGUCUCCUCUGGUGUCUCCUCUGGUGUCUCCUCUGGUGUCUUCGCUGGUGUCUCCUCUGGUGUCUCCUCUCGGACAGAUGCAGACGCUUCUUUCAGAGCCUUUCUUUGACCACAAACGUGCCUUAUCCUGA